GAAAUCCUCCUUGCAUUACUAUAAUAACAUUAGACUGUUCAGCCAUUGUCUUCUACCGUUGAAACCAAUAUACACAGAAACAUACACAUACACUCAACAACAAGCAAGCAAGAAAGAAAGAGGACUAGCGAAGGAAAGAUUGUUGAGGUGUGUCACAGCAUUGUCACUGUGUUACUACUCCGAGUCAUACCUUCCUCAUCUUCAUCAACCUAAUCCUCACUCUGGUAUAUGACAGCCUCGUCGCACCUCACAUAUCAGUGGACAAAUCACAACCUGAGUGCGACACCAGGACCUAUCCUAUCUCAAUAUGUCGGCAAAUGCCAAUUCAUCAGUACCCGGCAGUGAUCUGUCCAAAGCCAUGGACGCAGCUUUGAAGCCUCAGAUACCAAACAAGAUCGGAAUCAUCGUCUGUAGCCAGCGCAGCCCACGAGCAUGUCCUCAGAUCAGCACCUUCGUCUUGGAGACACUCAAGGAUUUCCAGAAGACUCAUCCCAGCCCUCGUCCUUACGCCCUGAGCCUGAUAGAUCUCAAUGAUAACCCUCUACCGAUCUUCAAUGAACCUGAUGUACCUUCACAGAUCAAGUCAGCAUCAGACUACAAGUUUGCACACACUCGUGCCUGGUCUGAGCUUAUUUCUUCGUACAUGGCCUUUGUCUUUGUCACUCCACAGUACAACUGGGGCUAUCCCGCAAGUAUCAAAAACGCCAUUGACUACCUCUUCCACGAGUGGAGGGGCAAGCCGGCUCUGGUGGUUUCCUAUGGUGGUCAUGGCGGAGGCAAGGCGGCAGUACAGUUGCAGCAAGUCCUGGAGGCAGUCAACAUGAAGGUCGUCAAGGAUUUUGUUGCUCUCCAAUUUCCCGACAGGGCGUUUCUUUACAAAGCUGCGCACGGUGAGGAUCUCAACCUGAGGGUGGUAUCAGAAGAGGCAGGUCGCGAAAGAGUCAUUGAGACAGAGAAUGCACAAGCGAUACUUGCUGGAGGUGAUGCAACCAUGGAAGCUGGGGGCAAUACAAAGGACCCUGUGUGGGCACAAGAAAGUAAGGAACUCUGCACCCAAUUCUGGGAGUUAGUCACGACCUUGAAUGCCUGAAGGAGGACGUCGGGAAAGGUGUGCUCUCCGUGGACAAUGAGAACGAUAAACUCGAGCCGUGGAACCCGCAAAGUUGCAAGCCAUUAUUUCAAAUGGUGGCACACAUGGAGUUCAUUGCAUGACACCAGGUUUAGUCUCCUGUGACCAGCAUCCUCACAGCAGGUCAAUUCUUGAGUUUGCCGUCACCUUUUAGUGUUAUUAUCGUCCUCCAAAUCGACUGGCCAGGUAGCGCGAGGAAGUGAUUGCUGGCAGUGUUGGCGAAAUGCUAGGGUAACUAGACUAAAAAAUCAAUUAGCAAG